AGAUGGCCUGUGGGUGCCACGGCGUUGCUGGUCCCUGCCCGGGCGCACCGCCGGGGCCUAGAGGCGAGCGGGAGAGGACGCGGGCAGUUCUGCGCCAGGGGAGCCGGAGAAGCCCCGCGGCGCCCGCCGAGGCCCCUCAGGGCGUCAUCCUUGCCUCUCGAAAGUCAGCCCGUCUCCCUUAGGGAACGGGCGCCCCGGGACGCCGGGGGCUGCUGAGCUGGGGGGGGGCUCGAGCUGCGAGGAUCCGGGCUGCCCGCAGGACGAGGAGCGGGAGCCCAGUAACUCCACUGAGCCUACGAAUACGGACUUUUUUCCUUAAACCACAAACAUGUGUUUAUUUAGCCAGAUAAGUAUAACUGAGGUCUAAUUGCUUUGGAAGAAAUGCGUAAUUGUGCAGAGAUGAGGAAAACAAUUACUCUCUUAUGUGGAUGCCUAUGGCGUGUCUUCUCAGCAAAUACAUGUGGGCAUUUUGAGAGAAGAAGUAAAACAUUUCUGCCACUUUCUGCAAUUAAGUUUUGACUCUGAUCAGGAUGGGAUGCAUGAAGUCCAAGUUCCUCCAGGAUAGAGGCAAGGUCUCAAAAACCGAGCCCAGUGCCCUGCACAGCCCCGUAUAUGUGCCGGAUCCCACGUCUGCGGGCAAACGGCGGCCUGACAACAACAACGACAACCCACCAGGGCCGACGGAGGGUCCUGACGACAUCACUGUGAUUGCCCUGUAUGAUUACAAGGCCAUCCACCAUGAAGACCUCAGUUUCCAGAAGGGAGAUAAAAUGGUGAUCCUGGAAGAGUCUGGGGAGUGGUGGAGGGCUCGAUCCCUGGCCACCGGGAAAGAAGGCUACAUUCCAAGCAACUAUGUCGCCCGCGUUGACUCCCUGGAGACAGAGGAGUGGUUCUUCAAGGGCAUCAGCCGGAAGGAUGCGGAGCGCCAACUUCUGGCCCCGGGCAACAUGCUGGGCUCCUUCAUGAUCCGGGACAGCGAGACCACCAAAGGAAGCUACUCUUUGUCAGUGCGAGACUACGACCCCCAGCACGGGGACACGGUGAAACAUUACAAGAUCCGGACCCUGGACAGCGGGGGCUUCUACAUCUCCCCACGGAGCACCUUCAACACCCUGCAGGAGCUGGUGGCUCACUACAAGAAGGGGAGUGAUGGACUCUGCCAGAAGCUGAUAGUGCCCUGCGUGUCCUCCAAGCCCCAGAAGCCAUGGGAGAAAGAUGCCUGGGAGAUCCCACGGGAAUUACUCAAGCUAGAGAAGAAACUUGGAGCCGGGCAGUUUGGGGAAGUCUGGAUGGCCACCUACAACAAGCACACCAAGGUGGCCGUGAAGAUGAUGAAGCCAGGGAGCAUGUCCGUGGAUGCCUUCCUGGCAGAGGCCAACCUGAUGAAGACUCUGCGGCAUGAUAAGCUGGUGAAACUGUAUGCAGUGGUCACCAAGGAGCCCAUCUACAUCAUCACAGAGUUCAUGGCCAAAGUGACCGCAGUCCUGUGGCUUCCCCCCCCGCCCCCCCCAACAGGAAGCCUGCUGGACUUCCUGAAAAGCGCAGAGGGCAGCAAGCAGCCAUUGCCAAAGCUCAUCGACUUCUCAGCGCAGAUUGCAGAAGGCAUGGCCUUCAUCGAGAAGAGGAACUACAUUCACCGAGAUCUCCGAGCCGCCAACAUCCUGGUCUCUGCGUCCCUGGUGUGCAAGAUUGCCGACUUUGGCCUGGCGCGUGUCAUUGAGGACAAUGAAUACACGGCCCGGGAAGGGGCCAAGUUCCCCAUCAAGUGGACGGCUCCUGAGGCCAUCAACUUUGGCUCUUUUACCAUCAAAUCAGACGUCUGGUCCUUUGGUAUUCUGCUGAUGGAGAUCGUCACCUAUGGCCGGAUCCCUUACCCAGGGAUGUCAAACCCUGAGGUGAUCCGGGCACUGGAGCAUGGAUACCGGAUGCCUCGACCCGAGAACUGCCCCGAGGGACUCUACAACAUGAUGACACGCUGCUGGAAGAACCGCCCUGAGGAGCGGCCCACCUUCGAAUAUAUCCAGAGCGUGCUGGAUGACUUCUACACGGCCACGGAGAGCCAGUACCAACAGCCAUGAUGGGUGGAGCCCGGGCAGGGCCGAGUACCCAGCUGACGCCCGAGAGGUGGUUCCAGCGCCAUCUGCCUGGUGCCUGCUUGUCCUUCCCACUCCCGGACACCCACCCUCGUCCCAGCCACAGCGCCUCAUCUGUCAGGUGGGUGGGCUGAACUGGACAAUCUCUUUUUGACUCUAGCAAUCUCCAGUCUGCCAUCCUCAGGAGACCCCAAGUUGAUAUUUCUUCUAGUGCCUGGGACAGCUGGAUUCCGGUUACAGCUGUGGUUUGGACGGGAAACUUUUAAAAAUCAUGAAAUAAAUAUUUAAAUAAAAGAUACAAAUGCUAA